ACUAUAAUAUAUACAUUUUUCUUUUACGCCAAAAUCUUUAAGCUAUCAAGUUUUAAUAUAUUUAAGGUAGGAAAUUUACAAAAAGCUUUACGGAACACGAUCUUUACUUAAUAAGUACCAUGCAUCGCUAAGAACCGAAUUUGGACAACUUUAAGGACGAUUUUCUCACUAUUUAGAUAGCGCCCUCAGAUUCAAGAUUUUUAUCUUAACAAACCGUACGACAAACCGUUCCGGUUUCCAUCAAUAGAAAGCUCACUUUAAAAAAACUCUUAUGAUUGGGUAUUGUGCUCAAGGGUCGCGUGUUUUGUACAGUUUUCCGGAUCGCCUUUAUUACCGAGCAAACAUUUUCUUCAUCGAAAAGGAGAACGUAGCGUUCGUUCAAAAAGGACAGCCAGUGCGCAUGCGCAGUGAAGACAACAACAGCCCACUACAGCAAAACAAUGGCGACUGCCGUGGAGAAUAUCGUUAAAGUGCUUGGAGAACAGUACUAUAAAGAUGCUCUGGAGCAGUGUCACAGUUACAACGCCCGGCUGUGUGCCGAGAGGAGCAUCCUCAUGCCCUUCCUGGACUCUCAGACCGGAGUCGCUCAAAGCAACUGCUACAUUUGGAUGGAGAAGAGACACAGGAGCGCAGGUACCGCGCCGGGACAGCUGUACUCGUAUCCUGCUCGGCGCUGGAGGAAGAAGAGAAGAGCUCACCCGCCAGAAGACCCUGCUCUGGUUUUUCCUCCUCUCAAAGCUGCUGAGCUGGAACUGAACCUGAAGAAAGACGUGCUGGGCCCGUUGGACGGGAGCAGUCUGGAAGCGUUGCUGAAAGGAGAGCCGCUGGAUAAAAGAGCGCCCACGGAGCUCAGACCGCCCGAGGAAGAAAGCGGCCUGGCUGAGAUCACCGGGUCCAAUGCGGCCAGCGGCCACAGCAGCUCCACGCGCAUCAGGAAGAGAAUCCUCGAGCCCGAAGACUACUUGGAUGAUCUGGACGAUGAGGAUUUUGAGGAGGAGACCCCGAAAAGACGAGGAAAAGGAAAGUCUAAGGGUCGAGGAGUUGGAAACGGAAAGAAGAAAAUGGAAGCUGCUGCCGCCGCCCAGGAAGAUCGAGACAAACCUUAUGCUUGUGACAUCUGUGGAAAACGCUACAAAAACCGACCAGGUUUGAGUUACCACUACACUCACUCUCACCUGGCCGACGAGGAGGGAGAAGACAAGGACGAGCCCGAGAUGCACACGCCUGCGCCGCACGAGGAACCCAAGACCCCUAAGAAAGGACCGAACGGCCUGGCGCUGCCCAACGACUAUUGCGACUUCUGCCUGGGCGACUCCAACAUGAACCAGAAAACGGGCCAGUCUGAAGAACUGGUGUCCUGCUCUGACUGCGGACGUUCAGGACAUCCUUCGUGCCUGCAGUUCACCGCCGUGAUGAUGGCCGCUGUGAAGACCUACCGCUGGCAGUGCAUCGAGUGCAAGUGCUGCAACGUGUGUGGCACGUCUGAGAACGACGACCAGCUCCUCUUCUGUGAUGACUGUGACCGAGGAUACCACAUGUACUGCCUCAGCCCUCCCAUGUCAGACCCUCCAGAAGGAAGCUGGAGCUGCCAUCUGUGUCUGGCUCUUCUGAAGGACAAGGCCUCCAUUUAUCAGAGCCAAAACCCCGCGCUGGAGUGAUUAACGAGAAGAAGCCCUCGCCGUCCGUUACAAACUCAUUCAGAGAGAAAGACGGAGAGGCGGAGAGAGAAGCGGCCCUAACCUAGCCAUUGUUCUGGGCUUUUAUUUCACUAUGACUGUUACACACAUCACAAGUAGUGUUGGAAAGGAACGGUUUCACACGGAUCUUAUGAGCUUCAUGCAUUAUGAGCAGUAUUUCCACAUUCCUCGAUGUUAGGGCCGGCGGUUCAGAUGAUCAAGCACCUGUUUAUGCAUUGCCAAAUUUUUUUUUGUGUGUGUGUGUGUGUGUGUGUGUCUUUAUUAUUCACUCAAGAUAAAUUUGUUUACGUAUAGCAAACAUACGGCUUAAUCCUUUGCGGAUGUGACGGAUUUAAAUAUUCAUUCGUACAAGAAGCGUAUCUCUCGUUUAUCUUCGUCGUAUAGAAUUAUUUCUUGUAAGUUGUUCUUUCAGGAAGUAAUUGUGCCAAGGUCCAGAUUCAGAAACCAGAAGACGGUGCUGUACUUUUAUUUUAAUUCUCAUGGAUUUAUUUUUUUUUUUUUUUUUCAUUUCUAAUCUACAAAAACACUCUCAUGAGGCGGGUUAUCUUUCGUAGCAGAAUUUUGUAUGUGAUUAUAACCGAUAUCUAUUAUUGUUGACUAACCAUAUUGAAUUAUCGUGAGUACUGUAUCGUUUUGUAUUUGUUUUUGGUAUAUCAUGUCGGUUUGUAUUUGGUAUUAAAUGUAAAGGCUGUAUUUUUCUGUCUUUUUUAUUUACAUUUUUCAUAUUGGCCUUUCCAUAAUAAACAUACGUGUAACAGA